AGCCUCGCCAUUAGGCUGGUGACCGCGCCGCUGGAGGACCGGACCGGGCGGCGGUGGAGCAUGAAUCCGCGGCGGCGCUGAGCAGCAUGUUCCCCGGUGUGGUGUACGCCCUGCUGGCGGGGUUCCUGGGCGCCGUGGCCUCGUCCUCCGCUAAGCUGUCUCUGGGCACCGACUACCUGAAGGGCGUGUGUGAGACCGGGCUGCGGAGCUGGGGCGAGCAGCGGCGCUUCCGCCAGGGCAACGAGACCACCGCCUGCGACUGGCUGCACAUCCCCCUGCGCUUGCUGUGUGGUGGGCUGCUGUUCACCUGUAAUGCUGUGAUGUGGACGUUCCUGUCGAAGGCCCUCAGGUACUCCUCUUCCUCCACCCGCACCACUGUGACCACCACCGCCUCCAACUUCAUCUCCUCCGCAUUCCUCGGGCAGCUGAUUUUUGGGGACAGUCACAUCGCCCUCUGGUGGGUGGGCAUCUCCCUCACACUGUCUGGACUCCUGGUGCUACACCGAGCGUCCCCCAGCGAGACGUCGCACGAGGACGAGAUAAAAAGGACGAGCGAGACGGCGAGAGGACCGGAGAGAGCCGAGAAACCGGCGUGAUGAUCGACGGAAACAGUAGCCCAGAGUGGAGGACGGUAAUGCACUGAACUGACUCGAUGUGUUCAUCAUCGCUGACGGAAUAAAACGUAAAAGUAGCUUUAACUUUCAAGUUUUACAAAAAAAAGUAUCCAGUACUUUGUGAAACUUAAACACACUGUAAAUAACAACUACAAAUUUCAAAUUACCGGUACGCAAUAAUGAAAAGUAACAUCAUUAAGAGGUAUAUGAUGUUUUGAGCGACAGCGAUGAUAUAAUUAUUAAAUAUAUUACAUCAGCACAGUUAUACCAUUAUAAAAUCACAAAAACAUAACUCUGCAAAAGGCUUUUAAUUUGAAAUGAGGGAUGCAAGAUGUGAAGAAGAUUAAACUAGCUUUUAAAACGUUUAACAAGUUCUACACAUGUAGAAGAACAUUUACAGUUUAAUGUAAACCCAUUGAUGCACGCAAGAGCUUCAUGACUCUGAGCACUGUUCAACUGCUUAAUACAACACAGCACCCCCUGCUGCUUUCUGACAGCACUACAUUAAAUCAAAGUAAAGCCACAAUCGAUCACGUGAAUAAAAUAUAAAAAGAGAAUGAUGGCCAGUCUUUUGCUAAACAAGCUAUUUUAAGGCUACGUUAUCUCGUAUUCUGCUAACGUUACUUACUAUCCUAUCAUUGUGCAGCUCGUACAUAUAUUUUAUCUGGAAAACAUCCUGAUUAAAUAGAGUAAACACAACAUUACAUUUUAUUCACGUGAGUAUAGCGUAAAAAUGAACUUGAACAUGUUGUUUGUCAUGUUUCCCUACUGUCUUUCAACAGGGGAUGCCUAUACUGUAUGAGCAAAUAUAUUCAGUGCACUCUGGUCCACGUUUAGCACCUGUAGGAAACAAAAUCAAGAAUACACUCGUUUGGCAAAUUAUCAAAUAAUCGACGAUUAGCUGACAUUAUCAAUUGCGCAUUUAAAUGUAAUUAUGGGUCUGUUUUAGUCACAGUCUAGUCUGUUUAAUUGCAGUACUUAUUGCAGCUAUAUAUAGCUGGAAAAUUUGAAUUUGUUCAGUAUAAAAGAUUGUUUGACCAAAAUUUAAGUUGCUAAUCAGUUCUAUCAAAGUUAUAUUGCAAUAUAUGUUGUUUAGUUGACCAUUACAGAUGCAUUUAUCUAAAAAAAAAAUAAAGCAAGACUUCUUAAAACUCUUCCAAGAGUAAACUAAAUUUCUAAAACUGUGCAAAACUAACUUAAACUGUGUUGAUGUAAUAAUAUAAAU